CAUACAAGUCUCUUAAAGCGUCCCAAAGUUGCUUUGCAGAUUGCAUGCCUCGCACGUGGACUAGCUGAUUGUCCUCAACUCCCAAGAUAAUGGUGGCUCUAGCCCGCUCAUCCUGUCUCAGCAAUUCAGCACUGGGAUUUUGGGGGGGUUGCUCACCAAUUGGCAGCCAAAGAUUCUCUCUGCGAAGAUACAUCUCCAUCUUCAGGGCCAAAUUCAAAUAGUUGGUCUCUGAUAGGUGCUCCAGAGGCAUUGCUGAGGGCUGGGAGGUAGCCAUGGCUUCUUCCUUCUUUUGCAAGUCUCCUCAGCUGGCUUCUUUGUCCUGUAGACCGGCAGUUGCUGGAAAAUCUCCAGGUGGCUCCAAAGAAAAUCUUCACAGGUCUUUCCUACCUGCCUUUAAAUUGUGCAUGAGGUGUGGAGCUGAUCUCUCUAUUCUCUCUGGGUUUUACUGGGCUUACUGGGCUGUUUACUGGGCCCAUGACCUGUUAGCAGAUUGCUAGGAAAGCCUUUGGCCCAGGAGAGAUCAGAAAAGUCACACACCAGGCAUUUCUAUAAAAAUAAUUUUAUUUACAGAAAGCAAACAUAUUUACAGGCUCUCAGUGAGAGCUGCUUAACUCUCUACAUGCCUACACAGAAGGGAAACUGAAACUAAAACAAGUCCAGGCAACUUCUUCCCCUCAGGUGCAAAAAUUAACAUCCAAAAAGGGGACAAUUAAAUUCAAUCUCUUCACCCGGCCAAAAUGAUUAGAUACCAUAGUAACCUUAAUCUGUAGUAGAAAACAUAUUAACAACAAGCACACCCCAGGGAAGGGGCGCUUGGCCCCCUCAGGGAAGGUGGCACUCUCCUCUCAGCCCUGGUGGGUCUGGGGCCCCUCCUCGGUGCCCCCGCUCUCCUGGGCAGCUCUGGGCACGUUGGGGCCCCCCUGAGUGAGCCUCAGGCCCAUGGUGGGGGCUGGAGGGGGAGGCCCCCUUGCAACUUACGGGACCGGCCUCCUGUCGCAGGCAUGGAGUUUGUGACCGGCUACCGCGCGGAGAUCCUGGACUUUGCAGAGCUCCUCUUCGGCUGGUACCAGCGGUUCCUUCUGGAUGCGGCCUGCCGCCGUGGGAGCGAGCGGCGCAAAAGGCAGGAGGGUGCCAUCCGUCGCCUGCCGCCCGACCCGGCUCUCUGGGUCUUGCACGCAUUGCCCAACCGUAACCUGGCCUUCACGGUUGCUGACCCGGGCCAGCAAGUGGGCGGCCGCUUCUACAGCGAGGAGGCCCUGGCUCUGCAGGAUCUGGAUCGCUUCAUCACCUUCGUGGGGGCAGGGGGGGAGGAGGAAGAAGACGCCGCUGCAACGGAGGCAGGUAGGCACCUGAAGCGCCCAGGUGGCCCUCAAGAAAAAUCCAGGGCUGCAGUAGCAGCAGCUGCACAGCAGGACAGAUUGGAAACCGAGUGCAGCAGAGUGACCUUCAGGCUGCCCCAGAGUCCCAGGGGAGGAAACAAAGGGAAGGAGGAAAGAGCGAUGCUGCCCCUGCAAAGCUUUCCUUACACACACGCACAUGCACACGAGUCGGGAGUGAGAGGGUGUGAGUCCCAAGAUGGAUCUGCCCCCUUGGUGAGCCUGGCCGGCUUGAGAACAUCCAUGGUGCUUUCUCCCCGCCAUGUGCCCCCCCAGGGGGAGGAGGUGGGCGGUGGGAGAUCGAGUGCCCCUCCCUUACAGCACUCCCGAAGCCGUGGGGCAACCGGCCUCACUCACAAGGAGGUUGGAGACCCAGGCAGGCACUCCUCACCCUCACCUGGGGGUGGCCCCCUCCCUUGGGCAAAUCCAUCUUCAGGUGAUAGCAAAUGCAUCUGCUGUGGGGGGGGGGCAAGACCCAGACCUGCCCAGCCCCCGCCCCGCUGUGUGCUUUGCUCCACAGGGCAGCCGCUGUGGCACGUGGAGCACCUCCUGCUGGUGACAGACGAAUACGGCACCAUUCUGGGCUUUGACUUCCUGCUGGGGGGCUCCUUGGGGAUGGCCGGACUCGAGGCCCUGGAGCCCCGGGCUGUCACCUUGCUCUGCUACAGCAUGUUCUGUCCACUCGGGGCUGGGGAGCCCCGCCGGCCAAAGCUGCUGACCGUGGGAGACCCCGCUUUGCACAAGUCCCUGGAGCCACUGCUCGCUCGUCUGGGUGUGAAAACGAGUAAGGGCCCGAUGCGGGGCUGGGGCCCGAAGCAAGCCUUCACCUUCCCCACCACGCGAGUGCGAGCUUGCCACGUGUGCAAGCGGCACAGUUUUGAGGGCCAGAUCACAGCAUGCCAGCAGUGCCGUGCCGUCUUCUAUUGCUCAGAGCGGUGCCGGAAGCUGGACUGGAGCCGCAGCCCCGAGGACAUCGGGCACCAGUUUUGGUGCCAGCGCAUGGCUGGGUACAUGAGCCAUGCCAGGGAGCUCGCCAACCUUCCCUUCACCUUUGCCGCGGAGGUGACCAGUGAGAACUUCAACAAGGAGGGCUUCCUCGUGGCCCGAGGGCUGACCCGUGGAUACUGGGCUGGAGAGAGCAUGCUGGUGCGGGCCCCAGACUACGGUGUGGGGCUGCGGAAGAGCUCUGCCGGGAACCCCGUGCCCUUCCUCCAAAGUGGAAACCCCUUCGAGGCGCUGAGGCCAGAAGGAGGGACAGCGCUCCCCCCAGCACCCCCAGAGCCCCCGACACCCCGGACCUUCUUUGCAUCCUGGAGAGAGUACUACCAGUGGCGGGGGCUGCCACUCGGGGCUCCCCUGGCCGUACUCCUGAGCUAUCCCCUCACUGCCUACUACAUCAUCACCCAGUUGGCCCCCCAGCACUUUCCAGAGCUAAACAUUUUGAACAAACAGUCCCUCAAGAUCCAUGUGGUAGAGGCUGGCAAGGAGUUUGCAGUGCUGAUGGUGUUUUGGGAGCUGUCGGUGUUGCUCCCCCACGUUUCCCUGGAGCUGCUCUUUCUGGGGGACACGCUGCCCCCCGAGUUGGAUGGCCAGCAGUUCCUUCUGCAGAGAGAUGAAGAGCACGGCGUUUCUGUCCGGCCUGGACUGGCCCCCCGGUCCAAAGGAGGCCGCCGUGAGCUGCAGCUGGGAUUCAGUGCCCGCCCCUACCACCUCCUGCAGGCUCCCAAACCAGACCUGGUGAUUGGGUUCAACUCUGGUUUCGCCCUCAAAGAGACCUGGCUCAGUGCUCUGCCACGACUGCAGUCCCUCCGAGUUCCGGCCUACUUCACCGAGUGCAGCGCGUACAGCUGUGCCGUGGAUGAGGCCGCUGUCUCCAUGGCCACAGGGGGCAGUGCCAGUCCUGCCCAGAUCAAUCCCUUCCGUUCACCCUUCCGACAAGCUGGCAUUGACAACGCCAUGCCCUGGUACUCCAAUGCCUUUAUUUUCCACCUGAUAUACAAGGCGUCAGCCAACAACCACCGGCAGGCCAUGGUGCCCCCUCCACAGCCACUCCUAGCCAGCGGGAAUCCCGACCCGCCCGAGCCAGCCCGCAGCCGGCGCAAGGACAAGAGGCAGAUCCGCGCGGCAGGGCGCCGGCGGAAGUGAUGGGGGGGUGCAGAGGAAAUAAAGCACCCUGGGCACCCUG